GCGUGAGGAACAAUCAACCGUGAGCCACGGCAAAAGAAGGCACCGCUUUCCGAAUAUACGGUGCAAUCUGUCGUCUUCGCUGGCAAAAAGGACUGAUAAAGACAACACCCAGAAACUGUUGGUCCUAGGAAGGGGGCCAACAGCCAGCCAGCGGCUUGCAAACGAAGCAUUGUAACUUGGUGAAAAAAUCGCCGUCAUCAUCAUCGUCAUCAUCAUUAUUAUUGUUGUUCGGUCCUCACAGUCCAGUGUUGCGUUUGCGAUCAUUCACCGGGCGCGUCUUGUGUUUAUGUGUUUUUUUGUGUACGAAUGUGCGAAGGCGCGCGCCCGUGUGUGUGUGCUUUGUGAAUAGGAAAAGCGAGAGAAAAUAUUCGCGAGUGAAAACAAAUCGAAAUGAUGAGCGUCAAUUCGGAGCUUUUGGUCAACAAUUGAUGGCGCGGAGUGUCUCGGGCCAAUCAAGUCGAUAUUGAUUUAGUUGAUAGUGGAUGAGAUAUGCCCUUCGGAGGUAGUUUUCUGUAAACUUCCACUUUUCGCGCAAAGCAGAAGAAAAAAAGAAAGAGAAAGAAAGAAAGAGAGAGAGAAAGAAAGAAAGAAAGAAAGAAAGAAAGAAAGAAAGAAAGAAAGAGAAAGGAAGAAGGCAAUCAGUGAAAGAGGUCGAAAUCGGUGUAAAGUUGUGAUUUCUUCGGGAAAUUCGUUUGAAGGUUUUUUGUUUUGUGAAACCGAGAAACCGAGAGAAGUGCGCGUGUGUCGGUUGAGUGUGUUAAGUGUACUGGGUCUCUGUGGGUGCGCGUGGUCGUGUCAAACUGUGCAUAAUGCUGGCAUCGAUGUGUCCGCCAAGUUCGGCUAGCAGAAGAGCAGCGGCCGCUGAAGAACACCACCAGCAACAGCAGCACCAGCAGCACCAGGAGCGUCAGCAGAAGCAGAGUUAAGAGUGGAACUUCUCUACUAGUGCCAGUGCAGCUGGCCGCAGCAACAGGUCCAGCAGCAUUCCACCACCACCACCACCACCCGAAGCAGCACCGCACAACCGCCACCAGCUGCAGCACCAAUCGGCGGCCGCGAGAAACCGCGCGUACGCCGUGUCAGGAUCAGGAUGGGUGACCAGAAGCCUCAGAAGUCUACGGCCGCGGCAGGAACUGGGGCCGGCAAUGGUGGAGGCCACUCGACGGCGGCCAACAUCGCCGGCACCAACACCACGACGACGGCGUCCGCCUCGACGCCAGUGACGACUCCGCAGCAACAGCAACAACAACAGCAGCAACAGCAGCAGCAACACCAUCAUCAGCCGCAGCACCACCCACACCACCUCCACCAUCACCACCAGCAGCCGCCGACCCAUCCGCACCCGCACCACCUACCAACGCACCAUCCACACCACCAUCCCGCGCACCAUCCGGGGCAUCCCGGCGGACCUCAGGAUCAGCCGCAUGGUGGUGCGCCGCCCGGUGGAAGCGGAGGGCAUCAUGGGCCGCCUAUUCCGCCACCCGGGAGUGGCAUGCACCACUCACCGUACGACCACCAUCACCACCCGGCCGGUGUCCCAGUGUCGGGUCCCGGAGAUCAGGCUGGUGUCGGUGGCAGCGGGAAGGACGAAGGUCCUCCGCCACCGUCGCCCCACCAACAGCAGCAGCACCAUGGCCACCCGCCGCCUCCACCACCCAUGGGCCAUCACCCGGGCGGCGGCGGGCACCAUCAGCACCACGGGCAGGUUUACGGGCAGCCGCCGCCACCUCCGAUGCAGCAUCAGCAGUACGCACCGCGGGCGUACCACCACCACCACCCGCACCAUCCACACCACCCGCACCACGACCCGAACGUGCAGCCGGCGGGAGGAGCCCUGCCCGACCCGUACGCCCACUAUCGAAUGGCCGCUGCAGCGGCCACCAGUGGUACGGGACCGUCAACGGGUGGCGGCGGCAGUGGGACACCUCCCCCGACCGGCCCAGCACCGCCGCCGGGUGGAAAGCCGGCCGCGGCAGCUGCGGCGGCCGCCGCCGCCGGUGGAAGUCCUAUGCACGGGCGGCACCAUCAACGUUACAUGCCGCAACCACCACCGGCCCCGGCAGCCGGUGCCCAAAGCGGAGCGGUGCCGUCUUCGCAACCCCCGCCCGGUGGUGGUGGCCCCACCGGUGCCCCGACGGCCGCCGGUGGUCCCACGCCCACGCUGAACUCGCUGCUGCAAUCGCAUCCGCCACCUCCAACACACCCUGGCGGGGUACCGCCUCACCAUCGGUACCAUCCAGCGACCGGGUACGAUCCGGCGGGGCCACCGUCACAGGCCGGUGGCCCUCCGCCGCCCGGCCAACCGCCACCUCCACCGGGGACGCCCGGUGCCGGACCACCGCAGGCUCCCGGGCAACCACCACUGCCCGGGAUGCCGCCAAUAGCCUCAUCCUGGGCUAACUCGGCUGGUAACACCGGUCGAGGACAGUCGCCUUACCCGCCGGGACCUCCGGGUGGUCAAGCGCCCGGCAGCUAUCCUCCACCGCCACCCCAGUCCGCACCGGGGCAGCAGCCCGGUUCGGUGCAGCCGCCACCAUCCCAGCCGGGUGCGGCCAGCGGUGGUCCGCCACCCCAGCCGCCCCAGCAAGGACCGCCGACGCAACAAACCCCCGGCGGCGGCGGCGGCGGACCGGCAGGGGCGGCGGGAGCCGCCGGCCAGCCCGGACCGCCGCCACCCACGUCCCAGGGUCAACAACCGCCAGCCAAUACUCAGUAUACUCCUUACCAGCAGCCGCAGCAGCAGCGCUACCCGAACCCGCCCGGUGGACCGCCCCCGGGCAACCAUCGGACGCCGUAUCCGCCGCCCCACCAGUACGAACCGGUACGUUCGUGGCCAUCGCCUGCCGCUAGUCCUGGGCCGGGACCAGGGCAUUUACCGCCGUCCCCUCACGGACCUCCGCAAAGCCCAGGGCAGCAGCAGCCACCGCCCGGACAGCAGCAGCAGCAUGGUGGCCCCAGCCAGUCCCCGCAGCCGCCGCAACCAGCACCAUCACCACAUCAGGGUAACACCGGUCGAGGACAGUCGCCUUAUCCGCCGGGACCUCCGGGUGGUCAAGCGCCCGGCAGCUAUCCUCCACCGCCACCCCAGUCCGCACCGGGGCAGCAGCCCGGUUCGGUGCAGCCGCCACCAUCCCAGCCGGGUGCGGCCAGCGGUGGUCCGCCACCCCAGCCGCCCCAGCAAGGACCGCCGACGCAACAAACCCCCGGCGGCGGCGGCGGCGGACCGGCAGGAGCGGCGGGAGCCGCCGGCCAGCCCGGACCGCCGCCACCCACGUCCCAGGGUCAACAACCGCCAGCCAAUACUCAGUAUACUCCUUACCAGCAGCCGCAGCAGCAGCGCUACCCGAACCCGCCCGGUGGACCGCCCCCGGGCAACCAUCGGACGCCCUAUCCGCCGCCACACCAGUACGAACCGGUACGGUCGUGGCCAUCGCCUGCCGCUAGUCCUGGGCCGGGACCAGGUCAUUUACCGCCGUCCCCUCACGGACCUCCGCAAAGCCCAGGGCAGCAGCAGCCACCGCCCGGACAGCAGCAGCAUGGUGGCCCCAGCCAGUCCCCGCAGCCGCCGCAACCAGCACCAUCACCACACCAGGGGCUGGACUCGUCGGCGGCUAAUGAAGUUGUCGGUGUUGGUGUUGGGAUUCCUGGUGCCGGUCGCGUCGUGUGA